AUUUUUUUCUUUGUAGGAUGCGAGAUACUGCAAGGAAAGUGGAAGAAAAGUAUUUUUCCAAUCUUGCAACGCACGUGGAAUUCCUCCCAGUGGAGUGGAGAUCAAAGCUGACCCUGGAUGGAGACACUGUGGACUCCAUCACCCCCGACAAGGUGCGGGGUCUGCGGGACAUGCUGAACAGCAGUGCCAUGGACAUCAUGUACUACACCAGCCCCCUGUACAGGGAUGAGCUGGUGAAGGGGCUGCAGCAGGAGCUGAACCGGCUCUACUCGCUCUUCUGCUCCCGCAACCCCGAGUUCGAGGAGAAGGGAGGGAAGGUCUCCAUCGUGUCCCACUCCCUGGGCUGUGUCAUCACCUAUGACAUCAUGACUGGCUGGAAUCCAGUCAGGCUCUACGAGCAGCUGCUGCAGAAGGAGGAGGAGGAGCUGGAGGAGAGCUGGAUGAGCUACGAGGAGCGGCGACUGCUGGAGGAGCUGUACAUAACCAAACAACGGUUGAAAGAGAUAGAAGAGAGGUUACAUGAGUUAAAGGCAUCCACCAUAUCAAAGCCACCUGUCUUAAAAUUUAAGGUUGAGAAUUUCUUCUGCAUGGGAUCCCCCCUGGCAGUGUUCCUGGCGCUGCGGGGGAUCCGCCCUGGCAGCAGUGGCAGCCAGGACCACAUCCUGCCCAGAACCAUCUGCAACAGGUUACUGAACAUCUUCCACCCCACAGACCCCGUGGCCUACAGAUUAGAACCCUUAAUCCUGAAACACUACAGCAACAUCUCACCCGUGCAGAUCCACUGGUACAACACAGCCAACCCCCUCCCUUAUGAGCACAUGAAGCCAAGUUUCCUGAACCCCAGCAAAGAAGCUACCUCAGCCCCUGAGCCUGACAGCAGCUCAGCUGCACCCAGCCCCACCACCUCCCCUGUGCUGGUACGGCGCCACUAUGGAGAGUCCAUCACCAACAUUGGCAAAGCCAGCAUCCUGGGAGCUGCCAGCAUUGGGAAGGGCCUCGGUGGGAUGCUCUUCUCCAGGUUUGGCAGGUCCAGUGCCACCCCCCAGACCAUGGAGGCAGGAAAAGAUGGACCUGAGGGGGAUGACAAGAAGGCCACCACUGUUGGGACCCCACCUUUGCCACACAGCAGCUCGGGGAUCCUUGAACCCACAGUGGAACUGGAGCACAGGAUCGACUUUGAGCUCAGGGAAGGUCUCGUGGAGAGCAGAUACUGGUCUGCAGUCACAUCCCACACUGCUUACUGGUCAUCUCUGGAUAUUGCCCUCUUCCUCCUCACCUUCAUGUACAAACAAGACCAAGAAGAGACUGACAAAUCCAACUUAGACACUCUGUGAAUUUUUGGCUGGGGGAAGGAGAGGAAACUUUCAAAAGCAAUGGCACAAAGUGGAUGUUUGACUGCAGAGCUGCAGGACCUGUGGGCAUGGAGGUUUCAGGUUUUAGUGCAUGCUUGGGGGGGUUUCCUAUUUCUAAAGAGAAGAGGUUGUUUGUAUUUCAAAGCACUUUAUAGUUUUCAACGUUUUGCAGUGCUGAAUUAGACCUGAAAGGAUUCCAAAUUCCUGUCAAUGUGGACUGUACAAAGAGCCAAGACAGCAUUGUAGCAUCCCAUGGGCAGUUGUGCUUGGGUGACAUCCUUGUUAAUGACCAUAAUUGCUGUUUAGUUCAUUAAACUAUUAAAAAAAAAUUAGUGGAUUUGAAAAAAAAAAAAAAAAAACAACAAACCAAACCUAAUUUGAUUUCCAUUAACAAAACAAAAAUACAUGUUCAGUACAAACCUAAACCUGCCAUGUGCUGAUGUUUUAUGUACCCUGUGUCAUUUUUCCAGGACUUGGUUCAGCUCCACAUCCAAUUAUCCCCACAUUGGAAGCCCAUCCUGACUGCUGGCUUCUGAGGGCCUAUCCUACAUGACACAUUUAGAAACUAAUGCUGAAGAGGAAAAAAAAAAAAAAGCAUGAGGCAAAUAUUUGAAAUACUGUAAUUAUAAUUUAUUAUUCUCUCUAAUCGUUUCAUUUUAUUCCAGUGUAUAAAACAUUACUUUUUUACUGGUUUCUUUUGACAUAAUUUAAGAACCACAUUUAUUUUCUACAGUGUUAAGACUUUUUCUCAGAAAUACAUAUCUUUGUACUACUAUUCAAAUGAAUAUAUGGACACUGUGGCACACUUUAAGUAUUUUUUCAUUAAAAAUAAAUAUUUGUGGUUUCACACAAA